AUGGAAGCAUGUGUGGAUACCAGGUUGGAAAAAUCUCCAGUUUCAAAUUUUAUGUCUGGUAACCUAAGAACAGUUGGCCAGUUUAUUGACCAAGGUGGUAGGAGCUGGAACCUUGGACUUUUGACUGUCUUGUUUGAAAACCAUAUUUUGCUUGCGAAUUACGAGUUUCAGCCAAUACCACAGUUAGAACAGUCGAAAUAUCCUGGACUGAAGGGGGUAUACCGCGUGGACGUGGAUGUUCCAUCGGAUAAGUGGGUCGACGUCACAAAAUUCUAUGAUGUCCUGGUCUUCAAUACUGGGCACUGGUGGGGAUAUGAUAAGUUUCCAAAAGAGACUCCUCUCGUCUUUUAUAGGGAUGGAAAACUGAUAGUUCCCCCUUUGGGAAUACAAAGUGGUCUUAAAGUCGUACUUGAGAGUAUGGUAUCUUACAUACAAAGGGAAGUUCCUCUUACAACCCUCAAGUUCUGGCGUUUACAGUCACCUCGGCAUUUCUAUGGUGGAGACUGGAAUCAAAAUGGGAGUUGCUUAUUCGACAAUCCUUUUGAAGAAAGUCAGCUUGAUAUUUGGUUUAGCCCCAGCAACAAUGGUGUGAAUAAAGAAGUAAGACAAGUGAAUAGUUUGAUCGAGGACGCAUUGCAAGGCACAGAUAUCCAGUUGCUAUCUCUGACUCACUUGAGUGAGUUCAGGGCAGAUGCCCAUCCAGCGAUUUGGUUAGGGAAGAAAGAUGCAGUGGCUGUCUGGGGUCAAGACUGUAUGCAUUGGUGCUUACCUGGUUUGCCAGAUACAUGGGUCGAUAUCUUGUCGGCGUUGAUUCAUUAUAAUUUGGGCAGUGGGUGA